GAAAUCAAACUCCACGCCACCGUGAUUUCAUCGUCAGAGAUGACGGAGACGACGACCGCUCAGGCACCGGAAACUGUUACGGCCGGAGCAACGGAAACGGAGAUGUCGAGGGAAAGGGACGGUGAAGAGGAGGAGAAGAUACGCCGCCAGAAGAAACUAGAAGAAGCUCUCGAAGCCAAAUCUCUUCGCCGCAUCAUGAGUGCUUACCUCAAUUACCCCGAGGCAGCAGAAGAGGAUCUGAAAAAAUGGGAAAGAUCAUAUCGGAAGCUGUCUCCUGCCCACAAAGCAUUGGUGCCCCAUUACGCUUUGAAGUUUCAGAGAUUAAGAAGGUGUAUAUCGACGAAUUCAUAUUUCAUAUUUAAUAUGCUUCAGGCUUUUGAGCCCCCUAUAGACCUGAGUCAGGAUCUUGAUGGUUAUGAAGACUCAAAUCUUGAUUGUGCUCCACAUGAGAAAUACACACUAGAUGAAAGACACGACUCCUCUUGUCAGCCUGCCUUGACUAAUAGCUGUACACAUGAGGAAGAAAGCAAAAGCUUGCACGACUCAGAGCUUCAGAGGAUGGAUGCUAAUAAGCCUGCCCCCAACAAUCGCUCUGAAGACCCAAGAAUCAACGAUAAGAGAUAUGACUGUGAUGGAGGCCAUUUAAAUCACGACCAUGGCAAUGCAUCAUUAUCAUCCCAUGAUUGGUUGGACCCAUCCUUACAGACACAUGUUCCUCUGGUUGACGUAGAUAAGGUUCGUUGUAUAAUAAGAAAUAUAGUUCGAGACUGGGCAGCAGAGGGUCAGAGAGAAAGGGACCAAUGCUACAAGCCUAUCCUUGACGAGCUUGAUUCCUUGUUUCCUGAUCGCCAGAAGAAGAGCACCCCUCCUAGCUGUUUAGUCCCUGGUGCUGGACUUGGACGUCUGGCCCUUGAAAUUUCUUGUCUAGGUUUCAUAAGCCAAGGAAAUGAGUUUUCAUACUACAUGAUGAUCUGCUCAAGUUUUAUUCUGAAUUAUGCACAAGUGCCUGGUGAGUGGACGAUAUACCCCUGGAUACACAGCAACUGCAAUUCGCUUUCGGACAAUGAUCAACUACGCCCUGUUUCUAUUCCUGAUAUUCAUCCUGCAAGUGCAGGAAUAACAGAAGGUUUCUCUAUGUGCGGUGGUGAUUUUGUUGAAGUAUACAAUGAAUCAUGUCAGGCAGGAAUGUGGGAUGCUGUGGUGACUUGCUUUUUUAUUGACACCGCUCAUAACAUCAUUGAGUACAUUGAAACCAUAUCCAAAAUCUUAAAGGAUGGAGGAGUUUGGAUAAACUUAGGACCUCUGCUGUAUCACUUUGCGGACACAUAUGGCCACGACAAUGAAAUGUCAAUCGAGCUAAGUUUGGAGGAUGUGAAAAGAGUUGCUUCACAAUAUGGGUUCGAGAUUGAGAAAGAGAGAACAAUUGAGACAACGUACACUACGAAUCCUAGGUCUAUGAUGCAGAACCGAUACUAUGCUGCCUUCUGGACAAUGAGGAAAAAAUGUGCAAUAACAAGUUAGCCAAAUAUCCCUUACAACGAUAUUCAUUCUGGAGAUUUUUUUGGUUGCAUCUUGAUUUUUUCUUGGAACUAUUUGUUUUGUGGGUACAAACUACUCUACGAUGUUCUCAGUUGAUGAAUAAAAGAACUUUCGUACUCA